GUGAUCGGGGAGAGGUAGGAGCUGGGGCAUCACUGUCCAGUUCCCAACGCAGGGGCUGGGGGUGGAAAUUGCUUAAUUCCGAAGUUCGGUGAAAGCAGCAAACCAGCUCUUCAGGCUGAGCCGUUCCUGUGGCCCAGCCUGUGCCUUUAAGCUCGGCCGCGAGCUCCCCCCGUGCCUCCCACCGCCCCCGCCGGCGCCCCGCAGCCCGGGCGGGUGAGCUCCGGGGAAGGCACCUGGCGGCAACGGGAAAAGCAAAGCAGAGCCCAUCUGUAGAGCUGCUCAGAAAGCAUGGACCAGAUAAAGCCCGGGCAAGGCAGCCAGAGGAGGAGACUGGGGGCCUGCUGCUGGAAGGUAACCGCUGCUGCCGCCGUGGCAGGCAGUGCAACAGCCCUCUGCCUGGGGAUCCUGCUGGCCUGCCAUUCCUCAGGAGAGACCAGCUUUGAGCACACAGUGGAGCUCCAAGGAAUCACGUUCAAUAGCAGCUUACAGAUGGAGAACUCGGACUACUACAGGGUGCUGACACCUGCUCUUGAGAGGCUGUUUCUGUCCAGUCUCCAGGACUCCCAGCUGAACUGGAGUUGCACUGGUUGCACCAUCCUGGGCUACAGGAAUGGAAACUCCAGUGUGAUCGUCCAUUUCCGCCUCCUCUUCACCCCCCAGGAUUCCCAGCCCCUGAGCUCUACCUUGGAGGAGGAAGCUUUCAGGCAUGGGCUGGCAGCUGCCCUGCACAAGCAGGGUUUCUCCCUGGCUGCCUACGGGACCAUCUCCUCAGCUUCUCUCACAGGUCCCAACAAGGUUUCUUCCCACAGACCUGGACUGAAAUCAGACUGUGGGAGUCGCCCUGCCAUGCAGACUGCCAGCAGGAUAGUCGGAGGCUCAGAGGCAUCCAGAGGGGAGUUCCCAUGGCAAGUCAGCCUUCGAGAGAACAAUGAGCACUUCUGCGGUGCUGCAAUCCUCACAGAGAAGUGGCUGGUGUCUGCUGCUCACUGCUUUACUGAGUUUCAGGACCCAGCCAUGUGGGCAGCUUAUACAGGGACCACCUCCCUCAGAGGCUCUGAUGGCAGUGCAGUGAAAAUGGACAUUUUACAGAUCAUCCCACACCCCUCUUACAAUGCUGACACAGCUGACUAUGAUGUGGCCGUGCUGGAGCUGAAGAGACCUGUGACCUUCACUAAGUACAUCCAGCCCGUGUGCCUGCCAGAUGCUGGCCAUCACUUCCCAACCAGCAAGAAGUGCCUUAUUUCUGGCUGGGGCUACCUCAAGGAGGAUUUCUUGGUGAAACCUGAGUUCCUGCAGAAGGCAACAGUGGAGCUCCUAGAUCAGAACCUAUGUUCCAGUCUCUACAGCCAUGUCCUCACAGACAGGAUGAUGUGUGCUGGCUACCUGGAGGGGAAGGUUGACUCCUGCCAGGGUGAUUCUGGUGGGCCUCUGGUUUGCCAAGAACCAUCUGGCAGGUUUUUUCUGGCGGGAAUUGUGAGUUGGGGUAUUGGAUGUGCUGAAGCCAGGCGGCCUGGUGUUUACACACGUGUUACCAAACUCAGAGACUGGAUCUUGGAUGCUAUUUCUGCCUUCCCUACCUCCAUAGCCCAUACUGUUCCUCCAGUGCACUUCAGGACUAACAGUAACCUGGUCAGUGCUGAAGAGGUCAACACCACCACCAGAGCAACCCCGACCACCUUACUAGCCCCAGCUGCCAGCAGGCCAGUGACUGCUGCAGGACCACAAGAGUGUGGAGGGCGACCUGGGUUCUCUAAACCCAGCAAGAUUGUGGGAGGAACGGAUGCUUCCAGAGGAGAGAUCCCUUGGCAAGUCAGCCUGAAGGAAGACUCCAGACAUUUCUGUGGAGCCACCAUCAUUGGGGACCGCUGGCUGCUGUCAGCAGCUCACUGCUUCAAUGAGACAAUGCCAGAAGAGAUUGAAGCCCAUGUGGGAACAACAUCAAUAAAUGGAACAGAUGCAGUGAAAGUCAAUGUAACAAGAGUGAUCCCACAUCCCCUCUUCAACCCCAUGAUUCUGGACUUUGAUGUGGCUGUGCUUGAACUGGCAAAACCUCUUGUCUUCAACAAAUACAUACAGCCUGUGUGCCUCCCACUUGCCAUGCAGAAGUUUCCUGUUGGCAAGAAGUGCCUCAUUUCUGGAUGGGGUGACCUCCAGGAAGGGAAUGAUACCAAGCCCGAGAUCCUGCAGAAAGCAUCUGUGGGCAUCAUAGAACAGAACACCUGCAACUUCCUCUACAACUUCUCCCUCACUGAUCGAAUGAUCUGUGCUGGCUUCAUGGAGGGGAUGGUAGACUCAUGCCAGGGAGAUUCAGGUGGGCCCUUGGCCUGUGAGGUGACCCCAGGAGUGUUUUACCUUGCUGGCAUCGUAAGCUGGGGAUUUGGUUGUGCCCAGGCUAUGAGACCUGGUGUGUACUCCAGAAUUACCAAACUCACAGACUGGAUCCUGGACACCAUCUCCCAGUUGUCCAGUGGUGGCACAAGCAUCCCUUCCAGUUCAGCCAUCCCUAGAAUUUCUACCACAGCCAUUUUUAUCCAGCCCAGCACAAUGGCUGCAGGUCCAGCCAGCAGAACCACCCUGGGGACAAAUAUAAGUACAACCAUGAGUGAAACCUCCACAGCUCUGAGAACGACUGAGACUGCCAAGCCUACCCAAACCCCAGUGGUGCCUUGUACCAGCCUCACUUUCAAGUGUUCCAGCAAGGUGUGUAUUGGAAAAGAAAAUCCUGAAUGUGAUGGUGUUGUGGACUGCAGCAACGGCUUUGAUGAGCACAACUGUGACUGUGGCUCAACAACGGCUCUGGCCUUUAGCAAGAUUGUGGGUGGCAGCAGUGCGGCUCGAGGAGAAUGGCCCUGGCAAGUCAGUCUCUGGCUUCGGCGGAAGGAGCACAAGUGUGGGGCUGUCCUUAUUGCUGACCGGUGGCUGCUGUCUGCAGCUCACUGCUUUGACAUUUACAGUGACCCCAAAAUGUGGGUGGCCUAUCUAGGAACACCUUUCCUGAGUGGCAUCGAUGGCAAAAUGGAGAAAAUAUUUCGUAUCUACAAACACCCUUUUUACAACGUCUACAGCCUAGACUAUGAUGUGGCACUACUGGAACUGAGCACACCUGUCAGGUUCACCAGCACCAUCAGACCUAUAUGCCUCCCAGACAAUUCUCACAUCUUCCAUGAAGGGGCCAGAUGCUUCAUCACAGGCUGGGGCUCCACAAAGGAAGGAGGCCUCAUGUCAAAGCAUCUGCAAAAAGCAGCAGUGAACAUGAUCGGAGACCAGGCCUGCAAAAAGUUCUACCCUGUCCAGAUCAGCAGCAGGAUGCUGUGUGCUGGUUUCCCACAGGGCACCGUCGACAGCUGCUCAGGUGAUGCAGGUGGCCCUUUGGCAUGUAAAGAACCUUCAGGGAAGUGGUUUCUAGCAGGAAUCACAAGCUGGGGCUACGGCUGUGCUAGGCCAUACUUCCCUGGUGUCUACACCAAAGUCACAGCUGUCCAAGGCUGGAUUGUACAGAACCUCAAGCUCUGAAACUGCAUUUCACCACUCAGGGAAGGCAAUGAAUGAGAGGAAUAACUGCCAGAGGAUGCACUAACCUCUCAGCUACUGUACAUUUUUCUGAUGCUGCAAAGGGGUGAAGACAGCCUUGCAGGUAUUGAGCAAAUGCCAGUGUUGUGUGACCUGCUGGUUGUUAUCAAGGCAUUUGAUAACUGCUUUGCAUAGAAAGGUACAAAUUCUAAACCUUUUCUAUAAAUAAAUGAAGCCUGUCCAAUCUUAAGACCUGGCCAAAUAUACUGCACAUUAAGACAUGACCUUCCUAGUUGGAUGGGUGCCGGAAAGAUCUGCCAAAGAUUCAUGGAGUUUGGCUGAGCCCUGCCUAUGAGCUGUCAUCCCAUGGCCAAGCCAACAGACUUGUGACCUUUGCCCCAGCCCAAAGUUAUGCCCUUGCAGAAGCUUCAGACCUCACUGACUUGAUGUGACAUUGUGCUGUGCAGUGGCUUUUAGGAAGGGUGUGAUGCUGUUUCCAAUUAGUGUGUGGUACUACAGAGCUCAGUGAUGACCUCCUGGCUCACCAAUUGAUCCUAAGAGAAUGCAGGACUAGAACACCUAGGAGUUCAGACUGCACAGGCCCUGACCUGUACCAGAGUAUAAGGAGGGGCUUUUCACCCCCCCCCCACCCUCCUUUAGCAUUAGGUAACUGGUGAUUCAACUGGGAAAGAUUAAGGCAUGGCCACACACCACUGUCUGGCUAAGCUAGGUGGGAAAAAUUUUAAGUGCUAAGAUAGUCCUACCAGCCAGGAUAAGACACAUAGACAACUUUGUUCACAAGCAAAGAACUGCAGCAGAGCUCAUGUGCUGAGUCUUGGACAGAGCAGACUUACGCAUGCCUCCAUUGAUUCAGCUACCAAAACUGAACAGCUGCUUGUACCCCAAACCCCCUCCUCAUUUUUGGUGCUUUAAGUUCUGCAUCUGGGCAUAACGAGAGGUUUCCUCCAUCCCAACCCAGCUGGCAGCAAGAUCUACAACUUUCUGAGACAGAGCACCAUCUAGGUGGGAGACCUGGCUUCCAGGCACGGCUCAGCUCCAGAUGGGUCCAGAUUCAUGACUAGAACACCUGUGGGAUACUCCCAUGAAUGAAAUGGGACUCCUGCACAGCCAGUACCACAGAAUGCAUACAACCAUAAAGAAAAGUAAAAAGCCCCCUAAGCAAACAUGUCUGAAAGCACUUUAUUUUCAAGUAGUCAUUCUUACAGUCUAGAAAGGAAACUCCAGUUUCAGUAAGUCCAAAUUCCCAAGUAUCUCCUCAUAGUUUACCUGCUGUGAGAACACUUUAGGUUCCACCACAUCCCAGUGAAUGUCCUAGGAGGUGUGGAGAUGUCACUCUUCCAGUCUCUGUGUCCAGCAAACCAUACAAUCUUUCAUAAAAUACAAAAGUGCUUCAAAAGAAAGGAUUAAAAAAAAAACCAACAUGGGCACCGUUGAUCUCCAACACUCUCCUCUUGCAACUGUUGUAUCCACUGCUGACCACACAGCAUGAACCCACCUUUUUAGGAGCAGUGUGGAAGCACAAAAAUAGAGUUGUGCCCCAAAGCAGACCAACAUUCCCUUUUGCAGACAUGCUCCUCCCUCAAAAAAAUUAUGCUUAGGAUAUAGGCUCAAAGAUGGAACAUCUGUGCCAGAGCCAAACCAGAAACUACAGAAUAUUACAGCCACACAACACACUUUAUUCCACAAAGAAAAGAAUCUAAGUACUUCCCAACCCUGCUUCCCUAGCUGUGCUCAUACAACUAUUUGCGAGGCUGUCCUGCUCCCCAACACUGUGCUUGAGCCGAGUCAAAGCCUAGGGAGCCCAAAGACAGCCCCACAAAGCAUUAUACAGAUAUAAGAGACGAAACAGCCGAAGUGGCAUGUGGACAAUCUUCUGGCAGUUUUUCCUCUAAAGAAAAGGGACUGAGUAACGACCUUAUGGAUGGGUCCAUGCUGGAAUCCCAAGCAAGGGUAUUGUGUUGCUGACUUGGCUUGGCCCCUGUUUUCCACAGAAGGCACCUUGCCUGUCACAGCCCUUUCAGCAGGGAUUUAGAAAUUGAUAUAAUGCCUUAGGCCAAUCUGGACA